AAAGAGCUAAAGAAAAUACCGAAAAAACACAAGAACGGAGAAGGCAACAACUGAUCCAGAGACAAAAAGAACUGGAAAGUUAUACCGAGCCGGAAUGGUCAAAGUUUUCUAAUAUCGAACAAGAUUUAAAGGUUAUUGAAGCAAAUCUUGCUGCUGAGUUUGGAGAGGAAUUAACUUCAAAUAUAGAUUCUAAAGAUGCCGAUGAUACGGAUAGUAACACCCUGUAUUGCGUUGCUUGCAGCAAAAUAUACAAGACACAGAAAGCAUUUACGAAUCACGAAAAUUCCAAGAAACACGACGAUAAUGUUUCAACCAUGAUAGCCUCCUUCAUGGCUGAUGAAAAUAUGGAAUUUGAAUGCAGUAUUCGAAAGUACAAUUCGGACUUUGAAUUGAAUUUUAAAUGCGGUAGCAAAAGAAAUAUUUGUUUGAUAAGUCGAAACCGGAAAAGUGUGAUAUUGGCAAUAAGCCGAGAAAUACGAGAUCUCUUGAUGAACCGCAGUGAGAAUAUCGAUGUGAAUGCGAAAGGCAACCAGCGAAGUACAUCAAAUGAAGAAAUGAUUUCGGAUAGUGAAUCAAGUUCUACAAGUGAAAAAAAUACAAAUAAGCUUGUGAAAAAACAAGGUGUUGAACUAGCCACAGGCCCAGAACCGGAAGACUUUCUUAUAGUAAUUAAAAUACACGAUAACAUGAAUAUAGUGAUUCCUGAAUGUAAAUUGAUAUCAGACCAAGAGAACGAACUUGACAACCCAGUGUUACAUAUGACAGAAAAAUCUCGCAAAAGUAAGAACAAAAAGCGUAAAAAUGUUCAAAAAGUCAUUCUUGAACAAACAACCGACGAUGAGCAAGAACUAGAUGCUCAUUUUGGGUGGUCCAAGAAACAGCGAAGGAAACAAAAACAAAAGGAAGCAACUCUUGACAACAAAUAUCACACUGUCCCAGAAACGAUUGACAAUUUUACUAAAGGCAACAAAGUAAAUUUUGACGAUACUGACUUGAGCUUUGAAGUAGAUGCCAGAUUAUUAACUCAAAGUACAAAAAAAUCUAAAGCCCGAAUUCCGCUCUACAAGGUUGAGUUACGGUAA